UCACACAUGACAAAUUAAUUAUAACCAAAACAAUUCCUCAUACAGCAAAGAAACAACUGGAAUAAAACCUUCCUCCAAACUAAUCCACACUUGUAACAAAAUUAUCACAAAACCCACAAAAAAUGAAGGCGCCGCCGCCGUCCUCCGCCGCCCUCCUCCGCAGGGCGCGGCUGUCGCCGUACCUCUUCACCCUCCUAGCGUUCAUUUUGUUCGUAACAAUCCUCUACGGCGAGGACUUCCGCUGCUUCUUCGGCGGCCAAUUCUACGACUACAACCGCCCUUACCCAAGUGAGCAAAAGGGAGAAAAGGUAGCUUUUGCGGUGGGAGAGGCCGAGGCCGGCUGUGAUGUCUUCAGCGGGCGGUGGGUGUGGGACGAGCACCGCCCGUUGUACGAGGAGGCGGAGUGUCCGUACAUUCAGCCGCAGCUGACGUGUCAGGAACACGGCCGCCCUGACACGGACUACCAGCAUUGGCGAUGGCAGCCUCACGUCUGCUCACUUCCAAGUUUCAACGCGACAUUAAUGCUAGAGACUCUUCGAGACAAAAGAAUGAUGUUCGUUGGUGACUCUCUAAACCGUGGCCAGUUUGUUUCGAUGGUGUGCCUUAUCCACAGGAUCAUACCCGAUGACCGGAAAUCCAUGAUCACCAAUGGUUCCCUCACGGUAUUCACAGCCAAGGAUUACAAUGCGACAAUAGAAUUCUAUUGGGCGCCAUUUCUCCUGGAGUCAAACUCUGACGACGCCAUUGUGCACAGAGUAAGUGACCGGUUGGUGCGGAAGGGCUCCAUCAACAAGCAUGGCAAUCACUGGAAAGGAGUCGACAUAAUGGUGCUCAACACCUAUCUUUGGUGGAUGACAGGCCUCAGAUUCAAUAUACUACAAGGUACCUUUGCCGACAAAGACAAAGACGUAGUGGUGAUGCGAACAGAGGACGCCUACCGGAUGGCAAUGAAGAGCAUGUUGCGGUGGGUCAAAAAAAACAUGGAUCCAAACAAGACGAGAGUCUUCUUCACCAGCAUGUCUCCCACACACGAAAAAGCUAUUGAAUGGGGAGGUGACAAAAAGGGAAAUUGCUACAACCAGACAGAUAUGAUAGAUGAUGGAAACUACUGGGGAUCAGACUGUCGGAAGAAUGUGAUGAGCGUGAUAGGGGAAGUGUUUAGGAAGUCAAGAUAUCCGAUAACGUUGCUCAACAUCACGCAGAUGUCGAGCUACAGAAAGGAUGCACACACUUCUAUUUAUAAGAAGCAGUGGAGCCCUUUGACGCCCGAGCAGCUAGCCGACCCGGUGAGCUAUGCCGAUUGCACGCAUUGGUGUCUGCCCGGGCUUCAAGAUACUUGGAAUGAGCUUCUUUUUGCUAAGCUUUUCUAUCCUUGAUUGAUUUUCCAAAAUGGAAUGGAUUGUUUCGAGGGUUUUGUGUAAUUGUAAGGGAAAGGCAAGUUGUAUAUUUGAUUGUAUUGAUUUUUUUCAAUAAAAAAAAAGAAGAAAUGCAUGGGUUAGUACU